CAGGACGGCUGCUGCUGCGUUCCUCGAAUCGCAGCGUUAUCUCGACUUGCAAGACACGUUCAGUGCGCGCGGAAAGCCGCAGGCGUGGAGGGAGAAAAUUAAUACUCUUUUGCCAAAGUGCGAUUUUCUACUCUCGCAGAUGGGGAGAAGGAGAGAGCGAGAAAGAAGGCGACGCAAUCGAAGUGUCAUAGGUCAAGCAGAUGAGAUACUCUGGCGGCGCAGCCGACGGUCGCGAAGCGCAGUCGACAACGUGUUUUUCAGCGAAACGCAAACGAAGGAGAAGAAGAGAGAGAGAGAGAGAGAGAGAGAGAGAGAGAGAGAGAGAGAGAGAGAGAAAGAGAGAAAGAGAGUGAGAAGAGAGGGAUCGAGCGUGAUUACCCCCGGCGACAUUGCGUAAUUGCAAAGGGCGUUGCGCCUUUUCAGCCUGCGAUCACGUACUCGGCUGCUCUUGGCUCUGCGCCUUUACUCUACUAGCGCCUGCUUCAAAAAAAGUGCAUCGUGCGCAACGAGACGACAUACAACAACGGCGCUGGCGGAGGAAGCGGAGGCGGAGGAGGCGCUGCCCGAGUGGAAGGAGACGGAGUAAGUCGACGGCGGAUCGGCCCGAAACGCAUCCGCAGUUUCGUUUUUGCGAGCCGGAGAAGACGCGCUCGCGCGCGUGCGCAACACCACUCACACACACACACACACACACGCACACACGCACGCAUCAAAGGCCGACAGUCGAGACGCACCGCACCUCCGCGUGCGCGACCCACGCACCCGCACCCUCACGCAGAGAAGACAUGGCUCGCCCUCCGAUCAUCAAGAGGCGGCACACGACGGACCUGCACCUCGAGUCCGUCUCCAGGAUCUCCAGCUUCCCGAUCGUCGAGAGCAGCAUCUACAUCGCCGGCAAUGUUUACGAGAGAAUCAAGCGCUCGAACUCUUUGAUGGGCUGGGGCCUCGACACGGCCGAACACUCACUGGCGAUGGCCACAGCCACGGCGAUUCCGGCUAUGGUCGCCCUGAACCUGCCGAUCAUGACCCUCGACUACCUGCUCUGCAAAGGCAUCGACAUCGUCGAGCAACGCGUCCCGGCGGUGCAUCUUCCUCCACAAGCGAUGUACUGGAGUACACGAGAAUACGUAAACAAUAAAUUUGUGAAACCCGUCCUGAUAAGGGCGGACAGCGUCAAAUUAAUCGGCAGCCAGGCGGCGAACGCGGCGGUCGAGAGGCUGGCCGGAGCCAUCAACGUCGCCGACCAAUACGUCGAUCGAUAUCUGCCCGCGGAUCCAGCCGACAAAGUCGCCGAAAUCUGCACAGUCGAUUCGCCGAGCAAAAGCGAGGAUAAGGCGAGCAACGGGAGCGGCAACAAGGCGGUGCAGCGCACGAUCGAGCACGGCGCCAGAUUUUCGCGAAAGCUCCAGCGGAGGCUGACCCGGCGCACCCUGGCCGAGGCGCGCGCCCUCAAGGAGCAGGGCACCGAGUGCAUCCACGUGCUGCUCUACGUCGUCGAGCUGCUGGCGACAGACCCGAAGCUGGCCCUGCAGAAGGCCAAGGAGCUGUGGGCCUCGCUGAGCCUGCCGGAGCCGGAGAACCAGGCCCGGCCGACGAACCUCGAGCAGCUGCUGGUCCUGUUCACCCGCGAGACGGCCCGGCGCAUCGUCCACCUGGUGAACGGCACGGCGAGCCUGGCGGGCCGGACGCCCCGGCGCCUGGCUCGCGCCCUCCUGAGGAUCUCCCACCAGCUGCUCGCCAUCUCCGAGCAGGCCCUCAAGGUUACCAAUGAGUCGCUUUACCGCCUCCUCACCGACCUCCUCGUCCUGGCCACGAGCUUGCUCGGCUACUACCACGAGCAGCAGCCGCGGCCCGAGAGUAGCCCCCGCAAGCUGCACUUUCAGACCAACGGCGCUGGGCCGCUCUGCAAGGCUCCGGGCUGCGCCGCCGCCACCGGGGCCAGCGGCAACGGCUCCUCUGGCAACUGCCUCUCGCUCAUUGCCAAGAUCAACAUCGUGCCGCUGGCCAGGCUCUCAUCGUUGUCGCCGUCCUCGUCCCCCUUCAUCGAGGAGUUGCAGGCCGAGGACGAGGACGACGGCAAGGACGAGAUCGACGGUAAGGCCCCGAGGACGGAGCUCGGUCGGCGCAGCGGCCUCAAAAACCCGCUCGUUAUCCUUGCUAACGCUGCUACGAAAAACCAGGAGACGCGCGCUUCCAUUAGGAACCAUAUCGCCUACGGCAACGCUCGCGAGUCGAGGAACGGUAACAAGCGCGCCGCCAGCAAAGUGCCCUUUUCCACCAGAUUCAAUCCCGCGCUGCCCGUUAUCAGGCAGAAGCACUAUAAUAUAAGGAGAAAGUGGGAGAGAGAGAGAGAGAGCGAGAGAGAGAGAGAGAGAGAGAAGAAGAGCCGGCGACGACGCGACGCUGUCGGCGAACGAGCGUUCUUUUUUCAACGUCCAAUCGAGCGUCCGAAGAAGCCCCAUACUGAGAUGUCGCUCGCACCUGCCGUCCAGCAGAUGCCCCAGCUCGAGGUGUUCAACCGGGUGCUCGAGCUGCCGGUGAUAGAGCUGGCCCUGAACAAGUCCGCCUCGACGUACACGCGCUUGAAGAGCUCGCACUAUCUGCUCUACUGGGCCCUCACCACCGCCGAGUCGUCGCUCAACACGGCCACCAGCAAAGCAGCCCCCUACGCGAAGAAACUCGAGUCGCCCAUCAGCUUCGUCGACCACACGCUCUGCCGCGGCCUCGACGAGAUCGAGAAGAAGGUGCCCAUCGUCAAGGAGAAACCGGAAUUGAUUUUGGAGAACGCUUACAUGCUGGUUCUGGGCACCAUAGAGCCGGCCGUCUCGAAGAUCUCCUACGCGAACAACCUCAUGGCCAGCCAGGCGGCAAGCAUCAAGGCCACCAGCUGGAACAAGCUCAACCAGAUCCUGAGCACGCGCUACGGCACCGUCGCCGUCAACAGCCUCGACAACACCGCCAUCAUCGUCGAGACGCUGAUCGACAAGUACUUUCCGCCCAUAGGCGAGGAGAAAUCGUCAACAAUGUCGGCGGAACAGCAAGCCAAGAGUCCUACCCAGGAGAGCGCAGGAAUGCCCCAUCUCGAGGUACUGGACCGCGUGAUGAACAUCCCCGUGGUCCAGUCGGCGAUCGAGAAGACCGGCACGACCUACAGCCACAUCAAGGACUCGCAUCACCUGAUCAGCUGGGCCCUGAAUUACGCCGAGGCAGGUCUGCAUUACGCGACAGCGACCGCGACUCCGAUCGCCGCACCCAUCGCCAAGAAGUUCGAGGGACACAUCAACACUGUGGACCAGAAGCUCUGCCAGGGGCUCGACAUCGUCGAGCAGAAGGUGCCCAUGGUCAAACAGCCACCGCAGCAGAUUUACGACGCCGCCAAGAACGUGAUGAACAGUAAACUGCAGCCAACCAUCGAGAAAUUACACACGGCAAAGGAGUCGGCCACGACUCAAGCAACAGCUUUGAAGGACAUCAGCGUGAAUAAGGCCAACGAGAUUCUCAGCACCCAGUACGGAGCUAUGGCCGUCCAGGGCGUAGACAACACCAGCGUCCUCAUCAAUCGGCUUCUCGAUCACUAUUUUCCACCCGUCGAGGGCGAGGAAGAAGUGCCUGCACCAGUAUCCGCCGACGAGAACAAAGUCCUCCACGCCGUCCAGACGAUCGGCCAGCUGUCGAGCAAAACCGCCAACAGGGUGUACCACUCCGUGGCCGCCCAGCUGAAGACGGUGAAGAAAGAGGAUGUGGCGAAUUACAUGUCGAGCGUCGUCUCCAUUCUCCAUCUGACCAACUUUUUGAACCUGGGACAGAAGGAGGGCAGCAACAGCAGUUCCGCUGCGAGCACGCCCACCUCGGAGAAGCAGGACGAGAAGAAGGACGAGAGCAAACCAAAGGCUGAAUAAAGCGAAUGUGUCUGUGCAAAAGAUAGUCGCUGAUAUAUCUACGUUAUUCCAUAUCAAAAUUUUAUCUGUUUAUAUAUUGGAUGGUAGAAUGGCCGGGACGAGAGGGAGAGCCGCGUCGAAAAAUUGCCGUAUAACCGACACACACACACACACACGCACACACACGCACACACACGGCUGUGCGCUUAUAUAUUGUAGAUCGCGGUCUUGUGUACACACUGCUGUUUUGAUAUAUAAAUAUUCAUUGAGAGAGUAUGUUACGUCUCGUAUCACACUGAAAUCGCGGGCUAUUAGAUUGUGUUGUGUUCAUUAAUCGCGUGUGUGUAUACUCUGAAUCGUAUACCUAUACGUAUGUAGAGGAGAAAAUCGUAUUAACGUAAACACAUUAUAAUAGCUUUUUACGAAACUUUUUAUAUGUAUAUUUCCGUUGAAGAGUGCGGUAUAUUAAUUAUAAAAGAGUAUUUUUAAAUGUA